AUGUCUUCCCCUAACGAUGCCUCAAAGAAUGAAGCGUCGUUGGGAGUAGAUGAUGCGACUUUACGUCCUUUUACGUUCGUUUUUCGCUCUGGAACUACAUUCCCCAGUGCGCGGACGGCAGAGGAUUUUAUCCGUUCUCGCGAAUCUACAAAAUCUCCUUCUGGAGCCGACGUUCCAAUCCCGUCAAUUGAGAGCGAGAACUCUAUUCUGAGCAGCCGUGGAGUCAGUCCAAGCUCCCUGAACCCAACAAGAUGGAACACCCCGCAAAUUCACUCAACAGUGGACACUGUUUGGGAACAGACGACUGCUCUACGAAACUUUAGAUUGACUUCCGCAUGUCCUUCAGAUCAGCAUUCCCGUCUACAGACGCCGAAUCCUUCAUUUUGGACUUCAUUAUCUACGCCAGCAAGAGAUAACGGUCUGGCAGCUGGCGAUGUGGUGGAAAGCCUGGGCGCCCUUCGCCUUCAAUCUCGGCAGUCUACCCCCAUGCCACGCAUCGCACCCUCAACCUAUAGCCCAUCUCCAUCUUCCAAAAGGGCCUAUCAAGUCGAAUGCGAAGAACCACCCAGUAACCCUUUUUAUCACAUCAAAUUCCAGAAAGCACUCUCAGGAGCCAUGUCAUGCAUCUCCAAUCUGAACAGGGUCUUGUCUAGUACCACGCUACAUCAGCAGGCUGGGUCGACUGUUCACAGCCUUCAGCAACAGGCUGUGAAUCUGGGGCAUCAGGAGCUUCCCUCGUCGCGCAUUGUUGGUAUGAUAGGUGAUUCUGCGGUGGGAAAGAGCAGUCUCAUCAACUCACUACUCGAUAAGCCAAACCUAGCAAAGUCGAGUGGCAAUGGUACUGCUUGUACCUGUACGGUGACAGAAUACGUGUAUCACGAUAGUGAUAAGUUUACCAUCCGGGUCCAGUACUUCGACCGAGAUGAGCUUGAGUAUCAAUUCAAAGACCUCCUGAGCGCGUACCGAAACAUAAAGGAACCUCAUGAUACUAUGGAACCAGGGCAGCAGAACAAGCCAGACCUGCAAGAGAACAAGGAAGCUUUAGUACACAAGGCCAAUCUCGCGAGGCAAACCUUUGAAGCAAUUUUCACUCGACAUCUCAAAGAAGAUCCCGAAGCUCUCUCACGCGAAGAAUUCAAUGUCACUGUCGAGAAGAUGAUGCUCUGGGUCCGGGAACUGCUUCCAGAAUCCGAAGACGAGGAAUCUUUUGCUGCCCUCCAAGAGUGCGCUGAUCGGCUGGUCAUUCUGACUUCGGGGACCGGUGAUUCAUUCUCGAGUUCACAAUCUGGCAUGCGCUGGCCUUUGAUCAAAAGUAUGAAGGUAUACUUGAGAGCAGUCAUACUGAGCAAAGGACUCAUCUUAGCGGACGUGCCUGGGCUUCGCGACAGCAACCCUGUGCGUGCACGGAUCACGGAGCAGUAUAUUCGACAAUGCGAUCAGAUCUUUGCCGUCCUACCUAUCCAACGGGCUGCUGACGACAAAAGCCUCGAUAACAUAUUCAAGCUAGCCCAAGACGCGAAUCUCUGCAAAGUUGACAUAGUAUGCACCAAGUCCGAGGAUGUGAAUACUGCAAAUGCUGCGUCUGAAUGGGCAGAACACAAGGGUGAAAUUGAAGCGCUUCAAAUUGAGAUGGAUAACAUACGUGACAAUAUCAAUGAGAUAGCAGAAGCUUUGGCUGAAGAAGAGGAUCUCGGUUUCGGAACCGAGAAUCUCAAGAGAAAUGGAAGGUACCAAAAGUUGUUAUAUGAACAUCGUAAGUUGGAGAAAGACAGACAGUGCAAAGAGCACGAGUUGCCGCAUCGGCUCAUUCAGAUCCGCAAUACUUCAGUCACUGCUAAACUACACCACAAAUACAAGGACCUCGAAGCCGCAAAACGCCCCAAGAUAUUCUGUGUAAGCCACAUAUUGUACACGGAUAACCGUACCGGAACUAGUGCAGUGCAUCUUGCCGCCAUCCACAUCAGUGGUAUUCCAGAUCUUCGACGACAUUGCAUUGGUAUCAUUGCAGAGAGCCAUCACCGGAUUUCUAAGCAACUCAUCGAUCACGAACUCCCAGCAUUCCUUGGUUCGGUCGAGCUAUGGGUGAACUCCGGAGGCGGUAGUGCCACGUUGGAACAACAGGGAAUUCACGAAAUUCUACCCAAGAUUGUUGAAUGCUUGCCUAAGUGGAAUGCAGCUACGUAUUCUGCAUUCUGUCGCAAUAAAGGAGACCAUUCUACACGAGCAGUUGGCUACCAUAAUUGGAACGAUGAAGCGAUUGCUUGUUUGAAAAAAGAUUUGAACUCUGCUUGGGAAGCUUUUGUUGGGAUUCUGAAAGGGAAGCUGAAAGAGCUAACUGAUGACACAAAAAGACUGUUUGAUCGUAUGCACACCUUGGCAAUGCCUCAACAACAAAACGGAAAGUCUUUGGUUCUGAGCCACACUUCCGCAAUCCGGGGGCUCCGCAAUACCCUGAUACAUCGCAGGGACAUUGCACUGGAUGGUAUGGGGGAGAGCCAGGAAUACUUCUGGUCAGGAAUGGCCACACUCAAAGUGAAUACUCUUGGGUCUUUACAAACGGCGUUUGUAGGAGAGUGCAUGAAGAAGACGUACAACGAAGCCAAUAGUGAACACGGUCCGGGGUGCACAGAAAGGAAAAGGGCGUUGAUUACAGGACGAUUCGGCUCUGAGGCGUUGUUCUUGGACAUGCGGAAAGCAUGCAAGGUUCAUUUUGCACGUCUCGCAGAAGAACUGCAAGUUGAUAUGUGCAAUGUGCUGCGAGCGCAGAUUAGUCUUAUUGAGAGGGAUCUGUACACGUUGCGAGAGAGCCUUGCAGAGCUGAAUAGUGACCGCGAUCCAGGUUUCAGGGAAAGAGUCAAAAGAGCAAUGGUGGAUACGGAGGAGGAGGUCGCCGAGGCUCAGAAGCUCGUUCGUGAGGCAGAAGAAGAGAUGAAUGUGCGAGUGCCUUGA